AGAAGGAACAACAUGGCAUUUCCGGGAAGAUGGCGGCGCACAAGUCUCGUUUGACACAUGUUUCCGCGGAGAGGACCCGGCAAUGACGGAUGAUAUCACCUCUUCUUCUCUGGUGAGAGUCUGAGGAUAGAGACUUUUUUCUCACCAUGAAUGUCACCCCAGAGGUCAAGAGUCGUGGGAUGAAGUUUGCUGAGGAGCAGCUGCUAAAGCAUGGAUGGACUCAAGGCAAAGGACUCGGCCGGAAGGAAAAUGGUAUCACCCAGGCCCUCAGGGUGACGCUGAAGCAAGACACUCAUGGGAUAGGACAUGACCCUGCCAAGGAGUUCACAAACCACUGGUGGAAUGAGCUCUUCAACAAGACUGCGGCCAACUUGGUAGUGGAAACUGGGCAGGAUGGAGUACAGAUAAGGAGGCUUUCUAAGGAGACCACCCGUUAUAAUCAUCCUAAGCCCAACUUGCUGUAUCAGAAGUUUGUGAAGACGGCCACGUUGACUUCAGGUGAAGAGAAGCCGCACAAAGACUUGGAGAGCUGCAGUGAUGACAACCAGGGGCCCAAGUCCCCAAAGAUUCUGACUGAUGAGAUGCUGCUCCAAGCCUGUGAGGGGCGAACAGCACACAAGGCUGCCCGUCUUGGGAUCACAAUGAAGGCAAAGCUUGCUCGCCUAGAGGCCCAGGAGCAGGCCUUCCUGGCUCGUCUCAAAGGCCAGGACCCUGGGACCCCUCAACCACAGUCAGAGAGCACGCCCCCCAAAAAAAAGAAAAAGAAAAGGAAGCAGAAAGAGGAGGAAGAAGCUACAAUAUCUAAAGGGAAUGAUGCAGAUGAGAAGCACCCAGAACACGCUGACCAGAGCAUCAGAAAAAGCAAGAAGAAAAGGCGACAUCAAGGAAAGGUCUCAGAUGAAAGGGAAGAUACAACUGAAGGGAAUGAGGAGGAGGAGGAGGAGGACGAUGCUGCAGGAACAAGUGGGCUUGAGGAAUUGAAUAGAGAGCAAACCAAUCGGUCCCUCAGGAAAAGGAAGAAAAAGAGGAGGUGGCACCAUGAAGAGGAGAAGAUGGGGGUCUUAGAAGAAAGAGGAGAAGGCAAGGAGGCAGCAGGCAGUGUCAGGACGGAGGAGGUAGAGAACAGGGCAUCUGCUGACCCAUGCAGCCGAAGAAAGAAGAUGCAGCAACAGGAGGAGGACUGGAACCCAGAGGAUGGAGGUGAGGAAACUUUUAGGUGGUGGGACCAGGGAAGCAGAGAGCAGAGCAUGCAGUGAUGGAAGAAGCAGGAGAAGCACGAAGAAAAGACAGCAGCAUCAAGAGAGGGAGGAUAUCUU